UGGUUUGUUGAAUAUUUCUGUGAUUUUUGGAAAACAUUAAAAAAGAUAAAAUUUCCUUGAUGGAAAUAUUGUAUUUUUGUGGUAGGUUUCAAUUGGUGGAUCUGUUUGGCUGUUUUAAUUAAUCAAAGGAAAUGCACAGUGGACUUUUUUUUUUGUUCAGGAUUUGUUCCAUAUAUUGGCAUUGACCAUUAAAAAAUCUUGCAUGUAGAUUUGAUCAGCAGAAGGUAUGUGAAUGGCACUGUUCACUGUUCUCUGGGAGACUGUCAAUCUUCUCAAUCUAGAACCACUGGGUCUGCAAAAUGAAUGCAUCCUUAUAAUGUUGCACAUAACAUGAACAUCAGGAAAACUCACAAAACUGUUAUUACUUACAAUUGUUUGCAAUUUAAAAAAUCUGUUUUUUACUGACAUUUGUGUUCACCUACCUCAAACAAUAAGAAAUGUUUAUUUUCCCCUACAAAAUGUGUUUCAUUGCACAUUUUUGCAUUUAAGUAAAAUGUUAGUAAAUUAAUAACCUUAACUUCAUAAAAUCAAGGUGGUAUCAUUGUUUAGUAUAUAUAAAAGUUUUCCCUCCACUCCACUCCAAAUCCUAUGUGUGUUCAUUCUGCACAAUGCUGUUGGCCUUUUCUGAACCUGGAGAUGGCCAAAGAUCUGAACAAUAUAAUAUUUGCAACUGCUUUAAAGUUUCUCACCAUGAUCGUUGCAGAUUUCCGACAAUAGAGUCUUAUGUUUUAUUGACCUGAGUUGGCAUGAGUCAGCUGGAAAUGCUUGAAUUCAAAGGAUCUUGAGAUGCUAACCACCUGUGCUCUACAUUUGUCUCUUGAUGUUGGUGUGCUCCUGGUCUCCUCAUGAUGUUCCUGCAGGGCUGUGGUGUGGUGGAGUUCAAAGAUGAGGAAUUUGUGAAGAAAGCCAUGGAGGUGAUGAACAAGCAUGAUCUGAAUGGCCGGCCACUAAACAUCAAGGAGGACCCCGAUGGUGAGCAUGCUCGGAGGAUCCUGCAGCGCUCAGGAGGAAUGUUCCCGGGAGGCCGGGGCCAGGAUGGUGGUCCAGGUGUGAUGAGCCUGCCUCCUUCCAUCGCCAACAAUCCCAACAUCCCUCCUGAGAUCAUCAGCUCUCUGCAGGCUGGGCGGCUCGGCACCACCGUGUUCGUGGCCAAUCUGGAUUUUAAAGUGGGCUGGAGGAAGCUGAAGGAGGUGUUCUCCAUGGCCGGGACGGUCAAACGGGCCGAUAUCAAAGCGGACAAAGACGGAAAGAGCCGAGGGAUGGGCACGGUCACGUUCGAUCAGGCCCUGGAGGCUGUGCAGGCCAUCUCUAUGUUCAACGGACAGAUGCUCUUUGACCGACCCAUGCAUGUUAAGAUGGAUGACAAGUCCAUUCCCCCGGAUGAUUUCCGGCCGGUCGAGAAAGCGCCUCAGUUGCCAAGGGGUCUCGGUGGAAUUGGAAUGGGGCUGGGGCCAGGAGGGCAGCCAAUCAACGCAAACCGAAUGAGUGGGGGUGGAGCCAUGGGCAACAUGGGCCCUGGAGGUAUGGAUGGGCCUGGAUUUGGAGGAAUGGGGCGAAUGGGAGGAAUGGGCGGCGGCGGUGGUUAUGGUGGCAUGGAUGGCAUGGGCAACAUGGGAGGAUUUGGUGGCAGAGACAUGGCCCCCAUGGGCAGGAUGGGAGGAAUGGAUGACUUCAGAGGAAACCCCGGAGCUGGAAUGGGCGGAAUGGGUCUGGGCGCAGGCAUGGGUGGCAAUGUGGGAGAUAUGUAUCGCUCAGGAAUGGCUGACUUUGGGAGAAAUGACAUGACUAUGGGCCGUGGAUUUGGGGACUCUUUUGGAGGAAUGGGUGGUGGAAUGGGAAACAUGGGCAUGAGCUCUGGCUUUGACCGGAUGGGCGGGGCCAUGGAUAUGAACCGUGGGUUCGGGGGCUUCGGCGGCACCCCUGGGCCCAUGGGGGGCGGAAUGUCAGACAGAGGAUCAGCGGUGAAGGGGGGCUGCCAGAUCUUUGUGCGAAAUCUCUCUUAUGACCUCACAUGGCAGAAACUGAAGGAGAAGUUCAGCCACUGUGGUCAGGUGAUGUUUGCGGAAAUCAAAAUGGAGAACGGGAAGUCCAAGGGCUGCGGCACGGUUCGCUUCGACUCCCCGGAGAGCGCCGAGCAGGCCUGCCGUCUAAUGAACGGCACCAAGAUCAACGGGAGAGAGGUGGACGUCCGCAUCGACCGCAACGCAUGAAUGUUGCCGCGGUGAUGUCGCACCCCCAGGCCCUGCUUAGUUUUGUUUUAAAAAACAGUUCACACCCCACAGAGUCCUCAGUCAAGGCAGAAAUGAUGUCACCAGUCUCUGUGUCACUGGAUUAUAGUUUGUAUACCGUGACUUUUUUGUUUUUGUAAACCAUUUUUAGUGUGUCACCAGUUUAUUUGAAUAAAUAAGCUUUUUAAUUUUUUUAAA